UAACCAAAAAAAAAAAUGAUUGGUAAUUAAAUAUGCACAUGGUUCUUUAGGAAGCGUAGGCCAUUCAAGAACAAAAAGGAACCGACUAGUAGCUCAAUCAAUCAAACCAAGGUUACUCAUCUUCUCAAUCCAAACAAAAACCCCUCAUUUUCCCUUUAUCAAAUCUCACUACAAACACCCUUUAACCGUUUCAUUCAAUCCAGGUUCUUUCUUCACUCUUCUUCAUCUUUCUCUCUACACAAAGUUACAACCUUUCUGGUAUUCUUUUCGCGCAAUCCAUUUUCUUUUUCAAGAUACGUUUCUGUUUCUAUGGUUCCUGAAGAUUGCACAAUUUUUCGUUUCAUGGGUCUCAGUGAUUUAUUAGUUUUCAUGCAAAAAUUAAAUUAAGUGAAUAAAAACCCUUGAAUUUGAGAGUAUUGGAUUGGAUUGUAUUGUAUUGUAUAGAUUUUGUUGACUUGUUUGAUUGAAAAUUUAAUUACCCUUUUUGAUAAAGUUUUGAUUUUUGGAAUUGCUUCAUAAGUGUAGAAAUUAGAAGUGGUUUUGGGUAUUUAGAAGUGAUUUUAGGAAAAUGGGGAAGCCUUUGAUAUAUGAGAUCUUGGAAAAACCAGCCACAAGUUGUAUUAUAGCAAUAUGCAGUGCAAUUUGGUUUUAUAUACAAAAGAAAAACAUUGGUUAUUCACAUGUUGGUUUGAGUUAUGAGACUGCUAUGGAAGGACAAUAUUGGAGAAUAAUCACUUCUGCAUUUUCUCAUAUAAGUAUAAUUCAUCUUGUUUUUAACAUGAGUGCACUUUGGAGUCUUGGUGUUGUGGAGCAAUUGGAUCAUGUUGGUCUUGGUGUUGAGUAUUAUUUGCAGUAUACACUUGUGUUGAUUGUUGUAUCAGGAGUGUUGGUUUUGGCAAUGUAUCACUUGUUGAUUCAAAGAUUCAAGGUUGAUUAUUUUCGUCGAGUGACUGCUGUUGGAUAUUCGUGCGUUGUUUUUGGUUGGAUGACGAUUCUUUCUGUGAAGCAACCUUCUUCCAAGUUGGAGCUUUUUGGAUUUCUUUCGCUUCCUAUUAGUUUUGCUCCGUUUGAGUCGCUUAUUUUCACUUCGAUUAUUGUUCCUCAAGCAAGUUUUAUUGGUCAUUUAUCUGGGAUUGUUGUUGGAUAUGCUAUAGCUUGGGGUUUGAUUCAUGGGAUGACAAAUUACUGGGCACUUUCGUUGUUGGGUUGGAUUGUUCUUGUCUUUGUUUUGAGUUUGAAGAAAUCUGGUGCACUUGACCUGAACUUCAUUGAGAUUGAAUCUGUUACUGAUCCAUCUUUACCGUCUGUGCGGUUUUUGGGAACUGGCAAUGGCAGAACCCUGCAGAUGAGUGCAUUGCCGGAUGGAAAUGUUGAACUUGUCUAAUGUUGAACUGAUAUAUCAUUGUUAUGUAUUCUCGACACAAUUGAUGUUGAUAGCAAAUUAGCAAUA